AUGGCAGCGGCGGUGGACAUAGGCUACGUGGCCGGCCACCUAGGGUUGUCCGAGUCGACGGUCUCGACAGCCACAACCGAACCGACCCCCGAGCUCAUCGCGAGCCUUCUCGAAGCUGUCAUUGCGAAAGCGCGCGAGCAUGAUGAGUUGUAUGCUCAGAAGCUCCAGGUCGAUAUCGAGCUCGAAAGUGCCCACCACAGCGCGGAAUCAAGAUGUCUGACCUUCAAGGCGACAGCCGACAAGGCCCUGAAGGAUGUCGAGGAGAUUCGCCAGAAGCUCAAGGAGGAAGAAACGAAGCGACAAACGGUUGAGAAUGAGCUCCAGUCGCUCAAGUCUCGCGGAUCCGAUCACGACUCCGAGAUCACGACUCUCCGCGACCGCGUUGAGUCCCUUCAAUCUUCCAACCGCGCAAACAUGGCUUUGCUUGAGUCACGAAACGCCCGCGAUUCAGAGCUCUCCGAGGAAUUGGCGAAGCAGCACCAGAAGAAUGUACAACUUCAGAAGGAGAUCACGGCUUUGCAGCAAUCGGUCCAGGCUGCCCAGGCCGCAGUCAGCAGCGCAAAGUACCGAGAGGAGUCCCUACAGCAACAACUCGACCUUGCCCGACGCAAUGGCGAAUGGUUCGAGACCGAACUCAAGACCAAGAGCGAAGAGGCUCUCAAGUACCGCCGCGAGAAGGGGGCCCGAAUCGCCGAAUUGCAACGACAAAAUGAAGACGCCAAAUCCAGCAUUGAGUCCUUGAAGCGAAGCGAACAACAACUCCGAGAUCGUCUCGACGCAGCUCAAGCCAAGGCCGAAGAAGCCCUCACCAAGGUCCAGCAGCAGCAGGAAGCAUUCGCCCGCAGUGAGGAGAGCUACAAGCACGAGAUCGAGAGUAAGCAGCGCGUCGUGGACAUGACCAACCAACUUGCCGACAGCCAUAAGGCCCGCGUGCAGACUUUGGAGGGUGAGAAGGAGAGCCUCAAGGAGAAACAUGCCAACGAAACCAGACGCAUCCAGCACGAGCUCGAGCGCGAGAGGGAGACUUGCCGUGCCUUGGAGGAACGGGUGACCCAGCUUGAGGGCGAGGUCGACGAGCUUCACGCCCGUAUGGAACAAGGGCCACCACCAGGAUCCGCACCUCAAACCCCCCGUAUGAAUGGCUCCCUUCUCGGGAGACCUGCCUCGCCUUUCGCUACUCCCGCGUCUGCACGAAACAAGUCUGCCAUUACCGCGACUCAGGCUAUCGACGAACUCUACAAGGCCAAGGGACAACUGGCGGGGGAGAAGCGCCGCAACCAACAACUCGCCGAAGAACUCGACAAUAUGAUUGCCCUGUUGGAAGCCAAGACGCCCGAGAUUGAGGAGCUCCAGAACGAAGCUGAUACCCUGAGGGCCGAGAUUACUAGGAUGUCCGAACUCUCUCAGACGAGCUUCGAAGAGCGCGACGCUGCCAAGAAGAGUGCGCGAAAGGCGGAGAGUGCUUUGGGCACUGCUCAGGCCGAGUCCAAGAUCCUUCGCACACAACUUCGUGACCUCAGCACACAGAUCCAGAUGCUGGUCUUCAACAUGCAUGCCCGUGAAAAGGGCUUGGAGCAGCUGACUCGCGAGGAAACUGUUCGCCUGGAGCAACUUUCUCGCGGUGAAAUCGCCGAGGGCGCUCUAAACGACAUGUCCGACACCCACCAAUUCAUCACCCAAAAGUUCGUGGUCUUCAAGGACAUCCAGGAACUGCAAGCCAAGAACCAAGAGCUUCUGAGAGUCACCCGAGAAUUGGCGGAGCAGAUGGAGAGUGAAGAGGCUGUUGCUGCAAAGAGCCAGGCUAUGGAGGACCACCAAUUAGUCGGUCGACUGCAACAAGAGCUCGCCAACAUGAUUGAAGAGACAAAGUCCCUGAGAUCAACAAUGGAGAGCUUCAAGUCAGAGCGUGACAUGUUCAGACGUCUACUCCAGCAGAAGGCCUCCGCCGGCGAACUCGCUUCCAUUCUCGGCUCUGAUGACGGCCAGCGCCUCCCGCUUACUAGUAUCGAGACCGAGGAUGGCGAUGGUGUGUCCCCACAAGCCGCCCUGCGCAAUCUGCAAGUCGAAUUUGACACCUACCGAAACGACGAAGAAUCUGUCCGUCGUUCCUUGCGGGAGCAGAUUGACAGGUUAUCGAGCGAGAAGAACUCUCUCCAAGGUGAAGUUGCAAAGAUCACCAGCCAGAUUACUCUCGCCUCCGAGAGGUACGAGAUGCUCCACUCCAACUUUGUUGCGCUGCAAAGCGAGAACAAGGAGAUCCAGAAGCGGAACCAGUCGCUGUCGGAGGACUCUAUCAAGCACGAAAUUCGAACUCAGCAAGUCGCCGAAGAACUCAUCGAUGCCAAGGGCUUGCUCGAGAGCGUCCGAAACGAAGCCGCCAACCUCAAGGCCGAGAAGAAGUUGUGGAAGGACAUUCAAGAUCGUCUCAAUCAAGACAACGAGAAUCUUGUUCAGGAGAAGACGAGACUCAACAGCCUUUUGGCAAGCCAGCAAUCCAUGCAGAAUGAGCGUGACAUUUCCGAGUCCGAGUACAGGCGGAAGGCGCAGUCCAAGAUUGACAAUCUUGAACAAGAGCUGAACAGCACGAAGCGCAAGCUGUCUGAUGAAAUGGAAGAGGGCAAGAAGCUUCAGCUCAGGAAGGAGUUUGAUGCCCGGGAAGCCCAAAAGCGUAUCGACGAGCUCUCCACUAGUCUCAGCCAGAUCCGCGAAGAGCAUGUCGCUGUUAAGACCAGCCGCGACCAUCUGCAAGCUCGGGUUGAUGAGCUCACCAUCGAGCUUCGCAACGCGGAGGACCGCGCUGGUCGCCUGGCGCCGCGACCCACUCCACGACCCGGCACGAUGCCACCCCCUACACAGACUGACCAAGACAACGAGGCCGAGGUUCGAGAACUAAUCAAUGAGGUUUCCGACCUCAAGAGGGAGCUCGACAUUGCCAAGUCUCAGCUUGAGAAUGCCAAGGAACAGACUGAGCAGUACAAGCAACUCAGCGAACAAAACGAGGAAGCACUCUCCGAGUUCACGACCACCACGGAGCAAUUUAGGGAGGAGAUGGAUGCUGCUUUCGCGGCCAAGGAUGCCAAGAUCAAGGAGCUCGAGCAGCGUGUUGAGGAUCUGUCAUCGGAACUUGCCAACUCCAAUAAGGAGCUAUCCCACCUCCGUGACUCUCAGGCUGAAGUUGCCCGCAAGUACGAGGAUGAGAAGACGAUUCUGGACGAGGAGGUCAAGCGGUUGAAAGAGGAAGCCGACCGCCACUCAGAGGCUGCCAAGUUCCAUCAACAGGAUCUUCGUGCCCAGUCAGAGAUCACCGCCAAGGCUCAACAGGACUAUGAACACGAGCUCGUCAAGCACGCCGAGGCUGCGAAGCUCGUCCAGCAGUUGCGCACUGAAUACAACGAGCUCAAGAGCCAGUCGGCGACUUUGAGAGCCGAGGCCGAAUCGGCCAAGGUUGCCCUGUCCCAGAAUGAGAGCUCGUGGGAAGAGAGGAAACAGCGACUCGAGCAGGAAAUGUCAGAAAUCAAGGCCCGCCGUGACGAUGUCAACGCACAGAACAAGCUGUUGCACGAGCAGCUGGAGGGCAUCACGAAGCAGUUCUCUGCACUCAAGGAGAGUCGCAACGCGGCAGCAGGGGAGGUCAACGACAACGCGGAAGCCGGAAGUGACGGCGCAGCUGACGGCCUUCGGGAACUCAGCAAUUACCUCCGACGCGAGAAGGAGAUCUUGGAGGUCCAGUAUGAUCUCAAGGUUCAGGAAUCAAAACGUCUGCAGCAACAACUCGAGUACUCCCAGUCUCAGCUCGACGAGGCUCGCUUGAAGCUCGACCAGGAGCGCCGCUCACAAGCUGAGAGCGGCCAAGCCUCCAUUGCCCACAAGGAUCUGAUGGACAAAAUCAACGAACUCAACCUUUAUCGUGAGAGCAGCGCCACUCUCCGCAACGAGCUUGCUCAAGCGCGGACGCAAAUCUCUGAAAAGAACACCAAGGUUGAAGAGUUGGAAGGCAAGGUGCAGCCUCUCGAAGCCAGAAUAGAGGAGCUCCAGACCCAAAAGGGCUUCCUCGAAGAAGAAAUCAAACAAGUGCAGGAGGAUCGCGAUAGGUGGCAGAAGCGAACCGAGGGCAUCCUUACAAAGUAUGGUCGUGUAGAUCCAGCCGAGAUGGAGCAACUCAAGCAGACCAUCACUGAUUUGCAGGCCGAACGCGACGCCCUCAAGGCGUCUGAAGGUCCUUUACGAGCAGAGUUUGAGGAAACUAAGCAGCUGUUGGAAACGGAGAGGGCCAACUGGCAAAACACGCGCCAGCGCAUGACCGACCAAUUCAAAGAGCGUUCGCGCAAGAUCACCGGCGAGAGGAACGAGGCCAUUACUGCUCGGAACGAAGCUGUCACGGAGAAGGACGCUGCGAUCGCUGAGCGUGACCAUUUGCAGCAGCAGCUCAACUCCACGAAUACCGAACUCGAGACGACAAGACAAAACUUGCAGGCGACGACGCAGCAGCGAACCGAGUUUGAGCAACAAAUUCAAAACUUCCAGCAACAGGUACAAAAACUACAGCAAGAUGCUCAAGCCAACCAGUCUGGCGCGCCGCCCGCUGCCGCUCAACCCACCGCAGACGCGUCGGCAUCAGUGUCUACAGAAGUGGUUGCUCAAUUAGAGCAGCAACUCGCUGAGAUGCGAAGCCAGCUGGAUUUCAUCUCAACCCAGAAGGCAAAUGCCGAGCAAGAGCUCGAGAGUCUACGAGCGCAAUUGCAGACAGUCGUUUUGGAGAGAGAUCAGGCUGUCGAGGCCGCGCAGCAGGCUGCCCAGGUCCAGCAGCAGCAGCCUGCCGUCGAGCCGACAAGCACCGCCGCGGCGGAGGCAGUUGCCACAAACGGCGCGAGUGGCUUGGCCGACACGGAGCGGAAGGCCUUGGAAGAAAAGAUUGCUGCCGCCGAGGCCAAGGCUACGGAGGCUGAGCGCAAGGCGAACGAGCUCGAGGAGAAUAUUACUCAGACUAUUAAGGAGCGGUCGGACAAGAUGCGCAACGCACUCAACGAGAAGCUACGCCAGUCUCGUGAGAAGUUGGAUGCCGAGUUCGCCACCAGGAUGGAGCAAGAAAAGGUUAUUUGGAAGGCCGAGCAGCAAGGUGCCGCCCCUACUCAGCCUGCGGGAGAGCAACUCGCUGUGCCUGCUACGCCCAUCAAGCAGCAAGACCCGGAAGUAGCCCCGGCAACGCCAAUGACCGGCACCCCCGCCGGCGCCGCGGAUCUGUCUCAGCUCCCCGAUGCUGAGAUUCGGAAAUUCCUCGCCACCAACGCUACAGUGCGGAACAUCAUGUCGUCGAAUCUUAGAAAGAAGCUCGAAGAACAGACUGCUAAGGUUAAGAACGAGACAGAGACGAGUUUAAAGGCCGAGUUCGAGCAGAGAAUCGCAAAUGCCCGCGAAGAAGGUCAGCUGCUGGCACAGAAGAAGUCUGCGCUGCAAAUCAACAUGAAGGACAACCAGCUGAGAGGCGCCAACGCCAAGAUCGAAGUCGUUUCCACGGCAGCGACCAAGACACCUCAACGACCUGUUGGGGAAGUCUGGGAGGAGGCCAAAGUUGCCAAACCAGCUCCCGCCGCACCGCAGCCAAGCCCGGCGAAGCCAACUGGCAACGCACAACCCGCGGCACCCCGUCCUUCGAUCUCGGCGCCUCUUCCUGCCGCGCCAGCCCAAGCCGCUGCUCCAACAAUUGGUGAGCUCCUUCAAGUUAUCGUGAAUCCUUGGACCUAUGCUGACCGUGCCAAAGCUCCCACUGCCUCAACCAACCAAGCACAGCCAUCAGGCGGCUCAGCUCCUAGUGGUAUACCUCCGCCGGGCAGUAGCAUCCCCCAGAAGAGACAAAUUCCUGCUCCUGGAGAUGUCAAACCAGCAACCAACACCGCUGCAGCGAACCCUUUCGCGGCUGGUGCUGCUAACGGCACCCAAGCCCAGGCCAAUCCUUUUGCACAAGGGACGCAGGGACAGCAACAGCAACAGCAACAGCAGCAGCAACCACAACAGCAACAGAACCCCUUUGCUUCAAGCACGCAAGGAGCACAGGCAGGUCAGGCCGCACCCCAAGGCCAUGGGCUACCGCAACCACCGCCUCAGGCUGCCCCAGGCCAACGAAGUGGCAUUCCCCUCCCAGGACGAGGCGGUGCGGCUGGUCGUGGUCGGGGUGGAGCCUACGCUGCCGGAAACAGGGUGUCGAGCGGAGGUGCAGAAAGAGGUGGUCUGGCGGGACGUGGCGGACGUGGCGGUGGCCGAGGAGGUCACGGUGCCGGACCGCUGAACCCUGGUGCCAACGACUUCCAGCCUGGCAACAAGCGGCCCAGAGGAGACUCCGAGGCUGGCGGAGGCGCUGGUGCCAAGCGAGCCAGAGGAGGUGGACACUAA